AUGGGCCAAUCGCAGUCGCUAUCGCUGGUCGAGGCGUCGGAGCUGAUUCGCCAGCAACUCUCUGCUGACGUGUUCGUCUCCCAUUUGCUCGCCGUCGAGCCGCACUCGUGGCGUCGCCCGCCUUUACCGCACAGCGGACUAAUAGUGUGCGAGGUGGAGGUGGAUGAGCGCGGAGUGCCCGUGGCCUCCUCUAAGGACUACGUUCCCACUGAAAGACCCGGUCGCAGUCAGCAGUUCCUGCUGCAGCCAAUCACAUGCUGGAACGGGGCCAGCUGUCGCUUCUGCCACUCCCAGGG